CCUCCAAAAACAAGCCAAGCUGAAGCUGCUGCCCUGCACGCACAGUGCACCCUUCAACAAAUCACCAAACGUCAAACGCAGUAUUUUCCAGCUUUUGUUUGUGAACACAACAGUAAUGCGAUACUAGCAAAAAUAUCCAAUUUUCUGGCUAAAAAUGGAACAGUUUGUAAAUUGCGUACUGUGCUUGACUACCGAGCCGCAAAGCUUUCUCAAGGUGUACAAUGAGGAGAAACAGGAUACAGACAUCGCGUCCGUAAUAACAAAACAUCUUUGGGUGAAACCGGCCAAGGAUUCGUACGUAUGUGAUGAGUGCUGGAAAUGUUUGAACGAUUUCCACGAGUUCUACAUCAAGCUCGAGAACAUACACUAUCCGCCCGAUCCGGAGGAUGUGUCAUGCAAUGCCAAAGACAUCCGCCAGUAUCUUUUCGAAUUUCAUCCCGUGGAAGACGUGAAGAUCGAGGAACUGUCUCAGAAUGCGGAGGACAUGGAAGAAAUAGAGUACGAGUAUUUGGAAGCAUGUAACGAAGAAACCAUAGAGAAUGAGAACGCCGAACGUUCCAGCGGUCGUCCGAAACGAGCCAGUGCCGCACAGGCGAACUAUAAAAUUGAAGCGGCCGAAUCGGAGUGGGAAAAGGAUUACCUUGCGACCAACGAGGACGAGUACGACGACGACGACGACGAAGCGGACGCCGAUUACAAUGGCGAUGAGAAGGAAGAGGUUGACUAUCUGGAAGAGGAUAAUGAUGACAGUGAGGUCAUUAACUACGAUAGUCCCUCGAAGGCAAAGCAAGAGCCGGGCACCAAAAAGGAGCCAGCCAGCGAACCGACGUCACCACCGAAAAGGGGUAGAGGUAGGCCGCCGAAGGCAAAAGCCGAGGUCGAAAUCAAACCGGAACCGAAAUCCAAGCUGCGCCGUCGGGGUCGUAAAAGAAAGGUUUCAGUUAGCAGCAGCGACUCGGAGCUGGAAUCCGACUUUGACGAUUUUAUUGACGGCGAAGACUGGAAGAAGUAUCGCAACACGUCGAAUGAUAAGGGGAGAAGAUCGCUCGGUUUUCGGCAGCUGCAGGAAAAGAUAUUUUCAUACGUGGAUGAAUUUAUCUGCUACUACUGUCCGGAAAAAAUCGUCUUCGAGCGGUUUCACCAUGCGAAUUUGCAUUACAAGAAGGUACACAAUGAGCCAGCCUUUCUGCGGUGUCCAAAGUGUGGCAAAAAGUGCUUCACACCGGGCGGAUUUGUGAGCCACAUGGAAACGCAUGAAGAUCCGGAGCGGAACAAGUGUAAAAUCUGCGGCAAGGUUACGGAUCAAAAAAUCACGCUCAAGAAGCACAUGCGAGCGCACCAGGAGAACCUGGAGAAGGACUUUCCGUACCCGUGCAGCCUGUGCAAUCGGCGGUUCGAGGAGGAGGAGAAGCGCGACAAACACGAACGGCUGCACGGACGGAAAGUGAUCAUCAAGAAGGAGAAGGGUCGCGAUCUGGAGCUGCUUGAGUUCUACAAACGCAUCUACUGUGAAGUGUGUGAAGAGAAAAAGCCCGAAUCAACCUCGUUCGAUAACUUCUGGGAUCUGAAGGUGCACAUGGGUAAUGAGCACAACAAAACGCCAUUCCUAAAGUGUCCAAUCUGCUUCAAGAAGAAUGUGUGCCGCCAGCAGCUAAUGGUGCACGUGGAUGUACAUAAUAAUCCAGAAAACUAUCGCUGUGAGGUGUGUAAGGAAAUCCAUCAGAAUCUUGAAAAGCACAUGAUAAAAGCACACACCCCGGAAACGUCGUUACCGGACGAGAAAAAUUACAGCUGCGAACAUUGCGGAAAGAUGUUCAAAUAUCAAACGAAUCUUAAAAGUCAUAUCGAUCGUAUCCACGGUGUAAAGGAUGUAUCCUGUGACAUUUGCCACAAAUAUUUCAAUAGCAAAGCAUUGAGCGCUCACAAACGUUCAGCCCACACGGACGAGAUGUUUAUGUGCGAACAUUGUCCGAAAAUGUUCAAAACGCGCAGCGGUCUCGAAUCCCACAAGAGUGACCACGACGAAACGUUGCGCAAAUCGGUGCAGUGUCUCAUCUGUGGCAAGGAGAUGCGCCGCGGUGCCAGCAUGGCGAAGCACAUGAAAACGAUCCACUCGCAAGAGGAUCCGGUCAGCUGUGAUCUAUGCGGCAAGGUGUUCCGCACCACGUUCCACAUGAUGCGGCACCGCGCCAACACGUGCUCGGCCACGAUCGACUCACGGCCUUACAAGUGCGAAGUGUGCGGCAAAGGCUUUGCCAUGAAGCUCACGAUGACCGAGCAUAUGACAACGCACACGCGCACAAGCCUGUAUCAGUGCGCGUUCUGUUUCAAGACCUUCGGGUACAUUUCGAAUCUGUACAAACACCGAAAGAAGGCUCACCCGCUCGAAUGGCAGGAGGUGCAGGCACGGCCUGAACAGGGAAUCGCCACCGUAAUCGAAAUACGCAAUUAGGAAGUGUAUUUUAAAGUGUGGUCGAACGGUUAACGGUUUAUUUAAAGAGAAAACGCUGAACAGUGUUUUUGUUUAUUUGUUAACUAUGACCCAAAGUGUUUAUGCAAUUGAUUAAAUAUGUACGCUGCGUACGAUUUUAGAUUUUUGCACAAUAGAGAGCUGCUAUGAUUUGUUUUUCUCAAGAAAGUGUAGUCGAUAUGUUAGAAUUAAGUUUCUUUGCAAUCUAUUAAGCUUUUUUAAUAAUUGAUCACAAAAAAAUUAGUUGAUGAACAAAUCCUAGGUUAAUAUGUUUUCUUAAGUAGAAUCUGUAAAGCAAAGUCGUUUAUAGUGAUCGUGUAAUGUAGAAUAGGAUAGGAUGAAGGAUUAGUAUUUUAAACUUUAGAAAUAUUGCAAAACAAAACGAUAAGCACACCGUCUAAAGUGUUAAACCGUGGAGCAUGAAAUUAUAUUUUUAAAAUUUUCAAAUUGAACAUAGGUUUUAAGGAAAUAAUCCAACAAAUGUGUGUAAGAAACUUCACUAACGUAAUAAACUAUCUAUCCUGUAGUA